UUAGCAGUUUAUAGUUUACUAAAAUAAUUACACUUCCAUGUUGUGUGUACUGUGAGAGACCAGAUAUAGUGAAUGCAGGGUCCUAGGAGACCAGAUAUAGUAAAUGCGGGGUCCGGGAGACCAAAUAUAGUGAAUGCAGGGUCCUGGGAGACCAGAUAUAGUGAAUGCAGGGUCCUGGAGACCGGAUAUAGUGAAUGCAGGUCCUGGGAGACCGGAUAUAGUGAAUGCAGGGUCUGGGGAGACCAGAUAUAGUGAAUGCAGGGUCCUGGGAGACCAGAUAUAAUGAAUGCAAGGUUCGGGGGGAGACCGGAUAUAAUAUAGUGAAUGCAGGGUCCGGGAAACCGAAUAUAGUGAAUGCAGGGUCCGGGGAGACCAGAUAUAGUGAAUGCAGGGUCCUGGGGAGACCGGAUAUAGUGAAUGCAAGGUUCGGGGAGACCGGUAUAGUGAAUUCAGGGUCCGGGGAGACCAGAUAUAGUGAAUGCAGGGUCCGGGCAGACUGGAUAUAGUGAAUGCAGGGUCCUGGGAGACCAGAUAUAGUGAAUGCAGGGUCUGGGGGGGAGACCAGAUAUAGUGAAUGCAGGGACCGGGGA